AUGCAAGAGUUAUUUUUACAAUAUGGCACAGAUCCACAUUUUGUUGCAAAUAUCGAUGAAGCAGAUCAUUCCGAGUAUGUUGACGCAACCAAUAUGAUGUGCAUUGUUCAUGAUUCACAUGAAGGUGAUUCUAUGAAGAUUAUGGUAAAUCGUGUAGUCAGAAGAUCUUCCUUGAUUGAAGUAUUUUUUGCUGAUGGCACUUAUCUCAAGCCAGGCAUCGUUGUUUCUAGAUAA